GUCGCAAAACAGCCUAAGCGCCUACACGUAGCUGACAGCUACUAUUCACUACAGUUGAUAUCGUUUUAUUUACUAUUCAAGGUAACUGCUACAAUGGAAAUCUUACGUCCAUCAUUGAUCAACAUAAGUGGAAGAAUAUACAGAAGAAAUACCAUCAAAGAAGACCAGUAUGAAGAGGCGGAAGAGGAGGACUCUUCCUACGUGGGACCACCAGGUAGCUAGGUCCUCAGUGCUAGCCAUUAUACCUCAGUGGUGCUAGCUCCUUACAACCCCAGCUAACUAUAGCUAGCUAGCUAGAUAAGAAAGAUAGCUACAAUACUGUACUACCAGAUCAUUGACUUUAUUCUACUGAGACCUAGAUAGCUAUAGCUGACCAAUUGACCACCACAAUGUGUUGUGGGGAUGCUUGUCUCCUCUAAAUGUAGCCAUCUCCUAUCUCAUUUGUCCCUGCACCUACAAUGGAAUGCCAAAAUCUUCUUGCCAAUCUCACAAAUACAUUUUGUUGUUUCGAUUAGCAAGUGAACAGUUUGAGGAAGAACAAGAGUUCUGUGACAGCCACGCCAUAGAACAGACUGACAAAGGUUUCCGCUGUGCCAUUGAUGUCCCAAGUGUUCUUUACAAGUGAGUUACUAACACCAUGUAGGCCAUGCGUCCUAAAUGGUACCCCUAUUCACUAUAUAGUGCACUACUUUUGACCAGAGCCCUAUGGGAAUAGCGUGCCAUUUGGGACUGACUUCAUGAGUCGAUGACUGCGUUAUGAGGUGUUAGUCCCAUUUUAGAAUCCGAGAGUGGAAGACUUACUCUCUCGUCUCCGAACUGUCCCAUUACAGGUCAGAAUGUUGAAUAAGCUUCAUUUGGACUUACUUUACCUGUUGUCCACGUGGAAGUGUUUUUUAGCCUGACUUUCAGUACGCUGGUCUGUAUAUGGUUCUGUCGGUUUGUAGUUUCGAUACUGACUCAAUUCGCAUGCAACGUAAACACUUUGCACAAUAUGUAAACAAUGGCCAAGCGUAUCCGAACCACAGACCGAACGUUGCCGAUGUUUUGUUGUUGUUGUCGUAAGAGGCAAGCACUUCCAGCUGAUUGCGAGGAAAUGUGGUUCGGUUGACAAUGUUUGGGUAUGUUCGGCUACGUGCAAUGCGUCAGGAGAUUGAAAAUACAUACACACUUUGCCCGGGCUCAUUUCACAUACACUAUAUCUACAACAGUAUGUGGACAUCCCUUCAAAUUAGUGGAUUCGGCUAUUUCAGCCACACCCGUUGCUGACAGGUGUAUAUAAUUGAGCACACCGCCAUGCAAUCUCCAUAGACAAACAUUGGCAGUAGAAUGGCCCGUACUGAAGAGCUCAGUGACUUUCAACGUGGCACCAUCAUAGGAUGCCACCUUUUCAACAAGUCAGUUCAUCAAAUUACUGCCCUGCUAGAGCUGCCCUGGUCAACUGUAAGUGCUGUUAUUGUGAAGUGGAAACAUCUAGGAGCAACAACGGCUCAGCUGCGAAGUGGUAGGCCACACAAGCUCACAGAACGGGACCACUGAGGUGCGUAUUGCGUAAAAAUCGUCUGUCCUCGGUUGCAACACUCACUAGUUCCAAACUGACUCUGGAAGCAACGUCAGCACAAGAACUGUUCGUCGGGAGCUUCAUGAAACGGGUUCCCAUGGCCGAGCAAGCCUAAGAUCAAACAUGCGCAAUGCCAAGCGGCGGCUGGAGUGGUGUAAAACUCGCCGCCAUUGGACUCUGGAGAAGUGGAAAUGCGUUCUCUGGAGUGAGGAAUCACGCUUCACCAUCUGGCAGUCCGAUGGACUAAUCAGGGUUUGGCGAAAGCCAGGAGAACGCUACCUGCCCGAAUGCAUAGUGCCAACUGUAAAGUUUGGUGGAGGAGGAGGAAUAAUGGUCUGGGGCUGUUUUUCAUGGUUCGGGCUAGGCCCCUUGGUUCCAGUGAAGGGAAAUCUUAACGCUACAGCAUACAAUGACAUUCUAGACGAUUCUGUGCUUCCAACUUUGUGGCAACAGUUUGGGGAUGGCCCUUUCCUGUUUCAGCAUGACAGUGCCAAAGUGCACAAAGCGAGGUCCAUACAGAAAUGGUUUGUCGACAUCGGUGUGUAAGAACUUGACUGGCCUGUACAGAGCCCUGACCUCAACCCCAUUGAACACCUUUAGGAUGAAUUGGAAGGCCGACUGUGAGCCAGGCCUAAUCACCCAUCAUCAGUACCCGACCUCACUAAUGCUCUUGUGGCUGAAUGAAAGCAAGUCCCCGCAGCAAUGUUCCAACAUCUAGUGGAAAGCCUUCCCAGAAGAGUGGAGGCUGUUAUAGCAGCAAAGGGGGGGACCAACUCUAUAUUAAUGCCCAUGAUUUUGGAAUGCGAUGUUCGACGAGCAGGUGUCCACAUACGUUUGGCCAUGCAGUGUACCAGGAAUACAAGCUGACAGAGCCAUACAGACCAGCGGCCCAAACAGUUGGGUUAAUAAUACUUUCCUGUGGAAAUUCUAUCUCCACUUCCUAUCGUCAAAAGGACCAACAGCACAGACAACCGGUAAAAGACAUUUACAUAUCAUCGUAUUCAACAUUCUGGCUUCUAGAGACUUCUUUCAGACUGAAUAUCCAUGGGGUAACCAUGGUAACAUUCUGAUGUAUUAGGUGUGUGUGUGUGUGUGUGUUAUUAUGGUCAGUAGCCCUAUGUGUACAUCUUCAACUGAAACCAAGGCUAAGACCCAAGGUGUACUAACCAGAGAAGUGUGUUGUUGUUAACAGAUACAUCAUCGGAAGGAAAGGAGAGACCCGUAGAAGGCUAGAGUCGGACACAAAGACAUCCAUCAACAUUCCAAAACAAGGAGUGGAAGGGCAGAUCGGUGAGUGGCCUUUUUAUUAGCGGAGAGACCAGUAGCUCUGGUCCAGGGCUUGAGCCUUAUUCAGCCUUCUUGAAGAAGGCUCAAGCCGAAUGUAACGCCCUGGACCAGAGCUAGGAGACCAGCCCAAACCAGAGGUCCAUAGUACAGAUAAUGGUGCAACACUGUAGCCUGGUCCCAUAUUGUGACUGUUUGUCCUGUCUCACCAACUCCUAUGGUCAGAAUAACAAGACAAUGACUAUUGGAGUUGGCUAUGCAAGCACAAACAGAUCUGGGACCAGUCUAGCAAAACUCUCCUUUCUCUACCUCUGGUGGUUUCAGUGAUUUGCUGUCAGCAGUCAACUCAUAUUAAUGAGUUUAGUGAUAAAAGUGAGCCAAGAACGUGUGUCCUGCAACCACUCCAAACUCAAGACUGAAGCAUUAUCCAUGAACCUCUUCUCCCAAGGGCUAGAAUAAUGGGAUAUCAAAAUAAAAGUCUCACAUUACAAUCACACAAUAACGGUCUCACAUUGUGCUAGUGAUCACUGGCUCCCAGAAGGCCGCGGUGUCCUCUGCCGUGACUCGUGUCGAGCUCCUGGUGGAGAGCUUUCGCAGGAAGCAACCGUUCACCCACUUCCUGUCGUUCGCUCUGAACCACCCUCAAGUUCAGGACGGAUUCCUGAGGUUUAAAGAGGAGGUGUUGGAGCAGUGUUCUCAGGUAAGGAAGAGUGUGUGUGUGAGUGUGUGUGUGUGUGUGUGUGUGCGUGUGCGUGUGCGUGUGCGUGUGUGUGCGUGUGCGUGUGCGCGUGCGAGUGCGUGUGCGUGUGUGCGUGUGCGUGUGCGCAAAACGGACCUAAGAUCAGUGUCUAGGGGCAACUUCACCCUGCAGCAUUUCUCUGUGCGGUCAGUUCAAAUACACCUUAUGGAACAGCGGGGACUGUGAAGCAACACAAACAUAGACACAUGCCUACAAACACACGAUAACAUACACACUACACACACUACACACACUACACACACUAUACACACUAUACACAUGGAUUAUAUGUUAUAGAUAUGUGGUAGUAGAGUAGAGGCCUGAGGGAACACACUUAAUAUGUUGUGAAAUCUGUUAUGAAUGUAUUGUAAUGUUUUUUUUAAAUGUAUAACUGCCUUCAUUUUGCUGGACCCCAGGAAGAGUAGCUGCUGCCUUGGCUGGAACUAAUGGGGAUCCAUAAUAAAUACAAAUCAAAAUCUCAGGUCUCUCUCCUCUCCUCUCUUGUUAAGGACCACGGAGUAGAUGGAAGCAUCUUCCAGAACCCUGCUAAACUCCAUCUAACAGUCGGCACCCUGGCUCUGCUGAACGACCUGGAAGUGACCAGAGCAUGUGACCAACUCCAGCACUGUGAGGAUUUUAUCAAGUAGGUAUCUGACUGACAACUGGGUCAUGUUCAUUAGGAAUCAAACAGGAGAAAACGGACUGAAACAGGGAGGGACUAUCCCUAUCUAGACAUCCAAUAAGAAAUGCUCAUUUUCGUUUUUUCCGUUUUAAAUCGUUUUCUGUCGCGUUUCUGAAUGAAUAUGACCCUGGAUAAUUGUAGGGAUUGUAUAAAGACUUGGAGCCAGAAACACACAUUAUGUCAUGUUAUGUCAUGUUAUGUAUGUCAUGUAACACACAUCAUGUUAUGUCAUGUUGUGUCAUGUUAUGUUCUGUCAUGUAACACACAUUAUGUUCUGUGAUGUUAUGUUUCAGGACCAUCACAGAAGGGAAGCCUCUCCCGCUGGAGGUGACAGGGAUUGAGUACAUGAACGAUGACCCAGCGAUGGUGGAUGUCCUGUACGCCAAGGUCCACGUGAAAGACGGCUCGGAUAAGUAAGAGUUUGGUUACUUCUCUUGAGGGUUGGAUCCCCUUGUUUUCCUUUCUUUUACCACAGUUUGGACCACAGUAAAGUGACUCUGUCUCCUUGAAAAGCGUUAUAUAAAUACUGUGUAGUAUUAUUAUUAUUAUUAUAUUUACAGUUUACCUUUUUUUUUAAUGACAGAUUGAGCGAUUUACAAUUAGUACAUUCAAAUGAUGAUGAUCAUUAGUAUGUCAAUAGUGUGAGAGUGUUGCUCCCAGGUAAGAACAACUAACUCUUGUGUUGACUGUCUGUUGUGCAGGCUGCAGGCCAUUGUGGAGCGGCUGGUGGACCACUUUGUUUCCUCAGGGCUGAUGGUCAGAGAAUGGGACAGAGUGAAACUGCACGGCACAGUCAUGAACACUCUGUUCAGGAAGGUUGCUUCAGGUAGGAAGAAGAAGGUGGUUUUGUCUAUGGCCAUCACUGAUGUGUGUUCACCUAUGUGUAUUGGAGCUUCAGCCUGAAAACAAGGACAAUUACCAGAGUACACGCACAUACUUGAAAAAAAAAAGCAAAAUAAGUGUCACUGUUCUCUUAAAGCAGGCUUUCCACUGUCUGAACUGACCCAUAGUAACCUCCUAAUAAUUUAAGUCAGAGUCACUGGACACGGAGUCAGUCAGCAUAAAGAUGGGCUUUAAGUCAGUCACUGGACACGGAGUCAGUCAGCAUAAAGAUGGGCUUUAAGUCAGUCACUGGACACGGAGUCAGUCAGCAUAAAGAUGGGCUUUAAGUCAGAGUCACUGGACACGGAGUCAGUCAGCAUAAAGAUGGGCUUUAAGUCAGAGUCACUGGACACGGAGUCAGUCAGCAUAAAGAUGGGCUUUAAGUCAGAGUCACUGGACACGGAGUCAGUCAGCAUAAAGAUGGGCUUUAAGUCAGUCACUGGACACGGAGUCAGUCAGCAUAAAGGCAUUAGUGAAACACACUACCCCCAUGUCAACAACACGGAUGUAGCGACAACAACAACAACAAACAAUAGCAUUCCCUAGAUUUGAACAGUCUCUGUUCCUAAAGUGGUACAGAGUUUUAGUGGACGCUCUUGGACCGACCCCUCUCUUUAUCCUGUGUUGUUGGCCAGACUCCUCCCUUUGUCCUGUGUUGUUGGCCAGACCCCUCCCUUUGUCCUGUGUUUUGGACCGACCCCCCUUUGUCCUGUGUUGUUGGCCAAUUCUCCCUUUGUCUGUGUUGUGGCCAAUUCUCCUUUGGCUCUGUGUUGUGGACCGACCCUCCCUUUUUCGUGUUGUUGGACAGACCCCUCCCUUUGUCCUGUGUUGUUGGCCAAUUCUCCCUUUGUCCUGUGUUGUUGGCCAAUUCUCCCUUUGUCCUGUGUUGUUGGCCAGAUCUCCCUUUGUCCUGUGUUGUUGGCCAGAUCUCCCUUUGUCCUGUGUUGUUGGCCAGACCCCUCCCUUUGUCCUGUGUUGUUGGCCAGACCCCUCCCUUUGUCCUGUGUUGUUGGCCAAUUCUCCCUUUGUCCUGUGUUGUUGGCCAGACUCCUCCCUUUGUCCUGUGUUGUUGGACCGACCCCUCCCUUUUUCCUGUGUUGUUGGCCAAUUCUCCCUUUGUCCUGUGUUGUUGGCCAGACUCCUCCCUUUGUCCUGUGUUGUUGGACCGACCCCUCCCUUUGUCCUGUGUUGUUGGACCAGACCCCUCCCUUUGUCCUGUGUUGUUGGACCGACCCCUCCCUUUGUCCUGUGUUGUUGGCCAGACCCCUCCCUUUGUCCUGUGUUGUUGGCCAGACCCCUCCCUUUGUCCUGUGUUGUUGGCCAGUCUCUCAGCUGGCCAGCCUUGUGUUGUUGGCCUGUCUCUGGCCAGCCCUGUGUAAACUCAUGCUUGAAAGAACUAGGGCUGGAUUUGAUCCACGGCCAACUGAAUGAAACCCCUUGUCACUGCUGUUGGAAAAACACUCUGCCCUGUUGCACACAAACAGAGCUGUGGCCAAAGAGAGAGUGAGGGAAGGCUGCUGUUGGUUCUGCUCUUGUUGUUGACUAGUGGAAUUGCUCAGAAUGCAGUCUUUUAGUUACGUCACUGCUGCAUACCAGAUGAAUGGUCAGCAUUAUGGUAGAAUCACAGCUAUUAGAUUUAGACAGGGUCAUUGACAAAUAAAGGUGGUGGUGGUGAGGCUGUCAUUUAUUUAGUGUUUUUCAGAGAGAGGCUCAUUUAGAAUCAUAUCUCCCAGUACAGUUCAUAGUGAGAUCCACCUGGUUUGAACAGUGUGUUGUAAUAAGCAGUGUGGUUGAGGGUGAACUCCACUAUAUAAAUAGGGUUGUCCACCUAUUACAAUAGAUAAGUGUUUUGUGCAUUAGGGUCAAAGGACAAGUUUACCUUUUUGUUAAUCAAAUGUGUAUUUAGGAUGUAAAUGACAUGUUAUAGGUGUCCACUGGGUUUUGAGAACCAGACCCCACCAGUGAUGAACUUCCUGCUGCUCGUUCUGCAGAGGCACAGAUAAAACAUGAACACAGGCUCCAAAAACACCCAAAUACAUCCUUUUAGAAACGACAACGCUCUCAGUAUCAGAGUUUACCCACAGUGCUCAGGGUUUACCCACGGUGCUCAGGGUUUACCCACGGUGCUCAGGGUUUACCCACGGUGCUCAGGGUUUACCCACGGUGCUCAGGGUUUACCCACUGUGCUCAGGGUUUACCCACGGUGCACCCACGGUGCUCAGGGUUUACCCACGGUGCUCAGGGUUUACCCACGGUGCUCAGGGUUUACCCAUGGUGCUCAGGGUUUACCCACGGUGCUCAGGGUUUACCCACAGUGCUCAGGGUUUACCCAUGGUGCUCAGGGUUUACCCAUGGUGCUCAGGGUUUACCCACGGUGCUCAGGGUUUACCCACGGUGCUCAGGGUUUACCCACAGUGCUCAGGGUUUACCCACGGUGCUCAGGGUUUACCCACGGUGCUCAGGGUUUACCCAUGGUGCUCAGGGUUUACCCACGGUGCUCAGGGUUUACCCACGGUGCUCAGGGUUUACCCACAGUGCUCAGAGUUUACCCACGGUGCUCAGGGUUUACCCAUGGUGCUCAGGGUUUACCCACGGUGCUCAGGGUUUACCCACGGUGCUCAGGGUUUACCCACGGUGCUCAGGGUUUACCCACGGUGCUCAGGGUUUACCCACGGUGCUCAGGGUUUACCCACGGUGCUCAGGGUUUACCCACAGUGCUUUUUGUGUUUUCUAGCCGAAGCCACAGGAGGAAGGCAAAACAUGAAGGAGCGGGAGGCCUUCGAUGCCAGGAACAUAUUAAAGGUAAGAGGUCAAACACACCAAACAAAUAAACAUCCUGGUGGUGCCUUCACCUGAGUCUAUUGUCUGUACAACAAUACAACCUUAGGUCUGUCUCAUAGGAGAUCAUUUCUCUCCUAUAUUGAGCAACAGUAUAUUUUUGUUGGUUAUCUUUACUCUUGGCUAUUUUAGUUAGUUACACCCAUAAUAUUUUGUGUGGAACUAUUAUUCACAGAAGGAAUAGGAACAUUCCAGGAAAACAUUAAGCCUUCCGGGUUUACAUAAUACAGUAAGAUUUAGCACACUCACUCACUCACUGAGAUUUAUUUAGCACACUCAUUCAGUCAGUAAGAUGGUAGCCAGUUCAUUCAGUCAGUAAGAUGGUAGCCAGUUCAUUCAGUCAGUAAGAUGGUAGCCAGUUCAUUCAGUCAGUAAGAUGGUAGCCAGUUCAUUCAGUCAGCAAGAUGGUAGCCAGUUCAUUCAGUCAGUAAGAUGGUAGCCAGUUCAUUCAGUCAGUAAGAUGGUAGCCAGUUCAUUCAGUCAGUAAGAUGGUAGCCAGUUCAUUCAGUAAUUCCCAGUCAUUCCAGUAAUGGGAGCCAGUUCAUUCAGUCAGUAAGAUGGUAGCCAGUUCAUUCAGUCAGUAAGAUGGUAGCCAGUUCAUUCAGUCAGUAAGAUGGUAGCCAGUUCAUUCAGUCAGUAAGAUGGUAGCCAGUUCAUUCAGUCAGUAAGAUGGUAGCCAGUUCAUUCAGUCAGUAAGAUGGUAGCCAGUUCAUUCAGUCAGUAAGAUGGUAGCCAGUUCAUUCAGUCAGUAAGAUGGUAGCCAGUUCAUUCAGUCAGUAAGAUGGUAGCCAGUUCAUUCAGUCAGUAAGAUGGUAGCCAGUUCAUUCAGUCAGUAAGAUGGUAGCCAGUUCAUUCAGUCAGUAAGAUGGUAGCCAGUUCAUUCAGUCAGUAAGAUGGUAGCCAGUUCAUUCAGUCAGUAAGAUGGUAGCCAGUUCAUUCAGUCAGUAAGAUGGUAGCCAGUCAGGUAGGUGAAGCAACAAUACCUCUGGCUCUGUUCUACGUGGAUCAGCUGCCAUCUGGUGGUGAAACAUUAGAACUACAAAAGUAUAUUCCUGGUGCGGUCUGUCUGAAUAGAGCAGUGCUCUAGUCCUGGGCCCAGUUUUUCUAAAGUGAUCUAUCUAUCUGGAGUUAGCCUAUGGGAUAUGAUUAAAUGCAUAGAAUUAGAAUGAAUAGAACUAUUGAAUAAUUGAUUUGCACGGUGACUGUUCAUUCCAUUUCUAUGCUUUAAAUCCUAUCCGGGAGGCGAAAUCCAGAUCACUUUAGAAAAACUGGCCCUUGGGGACCCAACGGGGUACACAAUUACAUUUUUGCCCUAGCACUACACACCUGAUUCCACUGAUCGGCUUAUCAUCAAACCCUUUGGAUCCCCAGGACCAUGAUUUAAGAAACACUGGAAUAGAGUGUUGAUUGGACUUGAAAUAUAUUCCUGACAGACACCCUAAAGUCCCAGCCAACCCAACACACUGGAUUUGAUCCCUCCAACCAACCAUACCUGAAAAUAUCAAUGACUUUUCAUUAGACCUAAGAAUUUAGAAUGUUAUGCAUGUUGUUAGUGAGAAUCAGCCUCCAUUUCCUCAUUGGGUCCAAUGAUCAGUACAGUACAGCGUCUUCACCAAGUAUUCACACCUGUUGACUUUCUCCAUGUUUUGUUGUGUGUACAGUCUGAAUUUAAAAUGGAUUCAAUAGAGAUUUUUUUUGACCCUGGUAUACACACAAUACCCCAUAAUGUCAAAGUGGAAUUAUGUUUUUAUAAAUGUUUACGAAUUAAUUAAAAAUGAAACGCUGAAAUGUCUUGAGUCAAUAAAGUAUUCAACCCCUUUAUUAUGGCAUGCCUUAACUUCAGGAUAAAAAAUGUGCUAAACAAGUCACAUAAUAAGUUGCAUGGACUCACUCUGUCUGCAAUAAUAGUGUUUUACAUGAUUUUUAAAUGACUACCUCAUCUCUGUAACCCACACAUACAAUUAUCUGUAAGGUCCCUCAGUCGAGCAGUGAAUUUCAAACACAGAUUCAACCACAAAGACCAGGGAGGUUUUCCAAUGCCUCGCAAAGAAGGGCACCUAUUGGUAGAUAUACAUUGAAUAUCUCUUUGAGCAUGGUGAAGUUAUUCAUUACACUUUGGAUGGUGUAUCAAUACACCCAGUCACUAAAAAGAUACAGGCUUCCUUCCUAACUCAGUUGCUGGAGAGGAAGGAAACUGCUCAGGGAUUUCACCAUGAGGCCAAUGGUGACUUUAAAACAGUUACAGAGUUUAAUGGCUGUGCUAAAAAAAAAUGACAUAGGAGAAAACUGAGGAUGGAUCAACUUUGUAGUUACUCCACAAUACUAACCUAGUUGACAGCGUGAAAAGAAGGAAACCUGUAUAAAAUAAAAAAAUAUUCCAAAACAUGCAUGUUUUUGCGACAAGGCAAUAAAGUAAAACUGCAAAAAAUGUGGAUAGAAAUUAACUUUUUGUCCUGAAUACAAAUCGUUAUGUUUGGGGCAAAUCCAACACAACACAUCCCUGAGUACCACUCUUCAUAUUUUCAAGCAUGGUGGUGGCUGCAUCAUGUUAUGGGUAUGGUUGUCAUCGGCAAUGACUAGGGAGUUUUUUUUUAAUGAUAAAAAGAAACGGAAUAGAGCUAAGCACAGGCAAAAUCCUAGAGUGAAACCUGGUUCAGAUUCACCUUUGUGAAUCCUCUGUAGCUCAUUUGGUAGAGCAUGGCGCUUGUAACGCCAGGGUAGUGGGUUCAAUCCCCAGGACCACCCAUACGUAAAAAUGUAUGCACACAUGACUGUAAGUCGCUUUGGAUAAAAGCGUCUGCUAAAUGGCAUAUUAUAUUAUUAUACUUUUCAGCAGGACAAUAACCUAAAACACAAGGCCAAAUCUACACAGGAGUUGCUUACCAAAUGACAUUGAAUGUUCCCGAGUGGCCUAUUUACUGUUUAGUCUAAAAUCGGCUUGAAAAUCUAUGGCAAAACUAGACAGAGCUUGAAGACUUUUAAAAAUAAUAAUGUGCAAAUGUUGUACAAUCCAGGUGUGCAAAGCUCUUAGUGAAUUACCCAGAAAGACUCCCAGCUGUAAUCGCUGCCAAAGGUGAUUCUAACCUGUAGGGAUUCAGGGGGUGGAUUACUUAUCUAAUCAAGAUACCGUUUUAUUUUUACAAAUGUUAGAAUUUUUCUUCCAUUUUGACAUUACAGAGUAUUUUGUGUAGAUCAUUGACAAAAAAAUACAAUUAAAUCCAUUUUAAUCCCACUUUGUAACACAACAAAAUGUGGAAAAAGUCAAGGGGGUGUGAAUACUUUGUGAAGGCACUGUGUAUAUAUAGAGGAUAAAUCAGCAUGGCACCCUAUAGAGUGUUUUCAUACAGACGCAUCAGAACUGGAUUCACCUUGGGGGUUCUCCCAGUGUUUAGAUAUAACAAACUGGGCCUUCAGCGCAGUAGCGUCUGUCAUUAUACAGUGUGCGUACCAAAUGGCAGCCUAUUCCCUAUAUAGUGCACUUCUUUUAACCAGAUCCCUAUGGGCCCUAGUCAAAAGUAGUGCAGGGAAUAGGGUGCCGUUUGUGAAGCAACCUGAUAAGAAUGUCACCGGAGAGUCUCUGGCAGUGCCAUGUGUUCCGUUGGCAGUGGUCCCAAAUGGCACCCUAUUCACUAUAUAGUGCACUACUUCUGGUCAAAAGUGGUGCAAUAUAUAGGAAAUAGGGUGCCAUUUGGGACGCAACCUAGAACUCGGAUUAACAGUACUGUUCAAACUCUCUCGUUUUGUUCUUAAUGUAGAGCUUUGGGUCGUACCAGUUUGGGGAGUUUGAUCUGAAUGCCGUCCAGAUUUCCCAGAGGUAUUCUACCGACUGCACCGGCUUCUACACCCCAGCUGGCGUUCUGAACUUCUCCUGA